AUGAAUAUCCUACACUCUACACUAUCAACCUGGCGGGAUCGCCUCGCCCCCGUCUCACGUACCUCGACUUUCCGAAACUCCGGUCAAAUCACCCCGGAGGAGUUUGUGCUUGCCGGCGACUACCUAGUCUACAAGUUCCCCACAUGGUCCUGGGCUGAUGCCUCGAGGCCAGAAAAGCGUGUCCCCUAUCUCCCAGAAGGAAAGCAGUUCCUCGUAACUCGGGGAGUGCCAUGUCACCGGAGAUUGAAUGACAACUUUGCCGGCGAUGCAGGGUUGGAGGAUGAGAUCGUGAGGGACUACCUCUCCGGCGGCGAUGGGGGCGACGUGCGAACGGUGGAUGAAUCUGGGAACUUGGGUGAACAGGAGGAAGACGAUGAGAUCCCAGAUAUGGAGGAUGACGACGAUGACGAGGAAGCGAUCAUCCGCGAGCCAGCUGGCCAGUCUAGCACUACACAGCCUCUCCGCACGUACACCCUCUACAUCACAUACUCGAACUUCUACCGCACACCUCGCCUCUACCUUUCCGGGUAUCUUUCAGCGUCAGAACCACUUCCUCCACACCUCAUGAUGGAGGACAUCGUCGGCGAUUACAAAGAUAAGACAGUGACGCUAGAAGACUUUCCAUGGUUCGAUGGAAACAUCAAGAUGGCCAGCGUACACCCCUGCCGCCAUGCCUCAGUGAUGAAAAUCCUCCUAGAUCGCGCGGAGGCCGCACUAAAGCUCCGCCGCGACAAGCUGAAACAAACACAGUCACGCGAUGAAGCAAACCGUGUUCUUCGCGCAGGUGGUGGCCUCGAGGGUCUAGUGGAUGAAACGAAUAAUCUCUCUCUCGAGCAGCAGGGUCCACACGGAGAUGAGUGGGAAAUGCUCCAGCACGAUGAGGAAGAGCAGGUUGCUAUUCGGGUAGAUCAGUACCUGGUCGUAUUCCUCAAGUUCAUUGCCAGUGUGACACCGGGCAUUGAGCAUGACUUCACUAUGGGCGUAUAA